UAUUGUUCUGUUGAUGCAACAUCGUUUAUAUUUAUACAUAAGCCUCAUUUCAGCCAUAAAUUAAGCAAUAUUUUCCAUCUAUAAAUACCUUCUUUCAGUAGAUGCAAUUCAUCUUAGAACACAAACAAACAGUUUCCAAUGGCAACUUCUUACUCCACCACCACCAUUCUUUUCCUCCUCCUACUCAUUGCAUUCUUCAAUUUCAAUCAAACCCAAGCUGGGAACAGAAACCCUAAUUCAGUUGUUCUUGGUCUAAUACGUUCUAGCACUUCCUUUCCUAUACCUAAACUCUCCAAAUACUCAAGAAAGAGACUUUCAGAAGUAUCAGAUAUGAUUGAGCCAUUGAGGCCAAUUAGAGAUGGAUAUUUGAUAACUUUAAAUAUAGGAACACCUGCUCAGGUCAUUCAAGUUUACAUGGAUACUGGGAGUGACCUGACUUGGGUUCCUUGUGGUAAUCUAUCCUUUGAUUGCCUGGAUUGUGAUGAUUAUAGGAACAAUAAGUUUGUGGGUACUUUCUCCCCUUCUCAUUCUUCUUCGUCUGUUAGAGACUCCUGCGAUAGCUCUCUUUGCAUUGACAUCCAUAGCUCCGAUAACUCUUUUGAUCCAUGUGUUGAGGCUGGAUGUUCAUUAAGUACCCUUCUCAAAGCCACCUGUUCUAGGCCUUGCCCUUCCUUUGCCUAUACCUAUGGUGAAGGAGGACUAGUCACAGGCACACUCACCAGGGAUAACCUUAGAAUUCAUGGUAGUAGCCCUGAUAUCACAAGGGACAUUUCCAGGUUUUCUUUUGGUUGUGUCGGCUCUACUUAUCGAGAGCCUAUUGGUAUUGCAGGGUUUGGUAGGGGUGUCCUUUCUCUACCUUCACAGUUGGGGUUCCUCCAAAAAGGAUUUUCUCACUGCUUCUUGCCCUUCAAGUAUGCCAACAAUCCGAAUAUUUCAAGCCCAUUAUCCAUGGGAGAUGUUGCUAUAUCGUCCAAUAACAAUUUACAGUUCACCCCACUAUUGAAGAGUCCCAUGUUCCCCAACAACUAUUACAUCGGUCUAGAGGCCAUAACUGUAGGCAAUACUAGUUCUGCUGAAGUCCCUUUGAACUUGAGGGAGUUUGAUUCAGAAGGUAAUGGGGGAAUGUUGAUUGAUUCAGGAACCACUUACACUCACCUCCCUGAGCCAUUCUAUUCCCAACUUCUCUCAAUGCUCCAAUCACUGGUAACCUAUCCCCGAGCCACAGAUGUGGAGACCCAAACAGGAUUUGAUCUCUGUUAUGGAGUUCCAUGUCCAAAUAACAGAUUUACAAAUGACCCUUUCCCUUCAAUCACUUUUCAUUUCUUGAACAAUGUCAGUCUUAUUCUGCCCCAAGAUAAUUACUUCUAUGCCAUGAGUGCUCCAAGUAACUCAACUGGGGUCAAAUGCCUAUUGUUUCAAAGGAUGGAUGACAGUAAUUAUGGACCAGCCGGGGUGUUCGGGAACUUCCAACAGCAAAAUGUGAAAGUUGUCUAUGACUUGGAGAAAGAGAGAAUUGGUUUUCAACCUAUGGACUGUGCUGCAGCCGCAGCCUCUCAGGGACUUCACAAGAACUGAUUUAAGUGGUAUUUAAUUUGUAGUUCCUGCUGUUAGCCAAUGGUGCAUCUCUUGGCCCAUAUAAUAAUGAGGAACGAGAGUUUCCAGAUGAAUAAUAUGCUGUAACUGCUGCUUUUUUUUUUUUUAACCUAGUUUGUACAUGACAACUGACAAAAAUGUACAAACUAGAAUUUGAUGAUGCAAGGUUUUGGAUUUAUCAAGAAAAAGGAGCUGUUUUUGUUCUUAUUGCUUAGCUACAAAGGGACAAAUUAUGGUGGAACAGCUUUAUCUAUAUUAUCAGAGUAAUGGGUGUGAGAUGAUGCGGUGUUGCACAUGCCAAAAAAAAAAAAAACCAUUUUAAAAUUGCUGGAAUCGUGAGCAACUUUGACAUCAUUGGAUUCUUUUUCUAGUUCCAUGUUACUGACGAUAAAGUAGAUGUAUUUGUUUAGAAUGAAAUCAUGCAAUCAAUCAUUAGUAUUGACAUAGAGAUUCACUUCCAAAGGAAGCUUAAUUCGUCGUCUACUCAGCCUUUUUCAUGUCCUAACUGGCACAAGUCCAAGCAUUAGAUUGAAGUUUCGUCUUGCCGGCUAGAAAUCCACUCCACAAUCAUGGAAAAUAGAAUGUCUUCUUGUAUUAGAUGAAGUUAGACGGUUGCCAAAUAACAUGAAUUUGGAUUUUGAAUGCUACUAUUAAACAAUUUAUUAACAAGAAAAGAGUGAUAAAAACCAAACGAAGCCAUUGUCCGGUUAGAAAAUGGGAAACUCAAAGAAACAAAAGAAGCGAUUGUCACAGUUCGCACAUUGAUCCAGGCGUGGAGGAGCUGUCCGAGGCCAGCAAUGUCCUUGUCCAAGUAUGCCCAAGUGAAUAUCUCGUCCGUUACACAAUGACUUGCCUAGAAUAUCCGGAAUGAUGAUUAAUCAAAAGCUUUUGCCUUGUAUUUUUCCCCACAAUGAGUUCAACAGAAUUAUUUGAAGAUCACUUGUAUCUUAAACUGGUAAAAAGAGCAUAAAUCGAUCUUUAGGGAUGGAAUGCAAGGUUUAAGAAAUUAGGCCUAACUCGGAACUCGAUACAGUUUCGAACAGAAGCUCGAACGGAAGCUUAAGCUUCUAUAUUGAUUUACCAGACUUCAGAGUUACCAUGAAGCAUGAAGGACAAAUAUAGUUAUGUUGGAAUCGGUGUUCUUUCGUAUCUUCCGCAGAGUUCCAGGACUAAAAAGAGGACGGCCCACAGCAAAAUUUUAUACUGCUUGAAAGUAAAGAAAAAGAAAAAGUUGCCAAGUCCUUUCAUAUGAGAAGGCACACAAACUACUCCCAAGCUACCAAUGGCAGAUGGAAUAGCAUUUCUAGGCGUCUUUAACUAAAUAACUUAAUGAGCCAAAACCCACUGC